AUGGUGGAGAUUUAUAUGAUGUUUUUUCCCGCGCCCCGCAUUGCCAUCGGCCUUAGCGCCGCAGUCAGCCUGAUCGCGCUUCAGGUCACGGCCGCCAAUGCCUUCGACCCGACCGGCAACGAGGUCGCAGAUGCCUUUCUGUCCGUUCUCGAUGCUCAGGAGGGUACCGUUGAAAGCUACGGGUCUGUCAGCGAGUCCGGCAACGCGGUCACGAUCCAGCAACUCGUCAUCAAGGACGAAAAUGACAAGGACACGAGCGUCACGAUCGCGUCGACAGUCCUGACCGGUGGAGAAUUCCUCGACAACGGUCGGCUCAAACUCGAAAGUCUCGGGCUAGAAAAGCUGGACCUGAACGCGGAUGAUGGAGGCAUGUCGCUUGAGACGAUGAGCGUCACGGGUCUUGUCCUGCCAUCAGCCAAGGAGUCCGCCGCCAACGCCUCGCCCGUCAGCCCGGGUUACAAGACCUUCGACGUCAAGAAUAUCCAGGUGCGGGAUGAAGAUGGCAAGAUAGCCGACAUUCAGGCGAUUUCCUCUUCCAUUGACAGCAUGGACGGCGACUUGCCGACAGCAGGAAGCUUUUCCCUUUCCGGUGCGACAAUAGACGUGAACGAACUUGAAGUGGAAGAAGCCAAAUCUCUCAAGGAUCUUGGAUACGAGACCCUGACACUGGACGUCUCCGCUUCGGGCCGGUGGGAUCCUGAAGCAGCGAUUAUCAACAUUCCGGAGCUGAAGAUCGACGCGAAGGAUGCAGCCAGCCUUUCGCUUGCCUUGUCCCUGGGCGGGGUUACCCGUGAAGUGGUCGAGCAGCUUGAAGAGAAAUCCGAAAAGCCUGAAGAGGCCAUGGCACUGUUGCAGAAUGUCACGGUCAUCAAUGCGAAGAUCCGCCUGGACGAUGAGACCCUGACCGGGCGCAUUCUUGACCAGGAAGCACAAAAGGCGGGUGUCGAAGUGCCGGUCUAUGUCGCAGGAUUGACGGGAAGCCUGCCCUUGAUACUUGGCAUGCUCCAGAACAAGGAACUUGAAGGACAGGUUGCACAGGCUGUUACCGAAUUCCUGACGACGCCCGGUUCGCUUCAGGUUGUUGCAGCACCUGCAACACCUGUUCCCUUCUCGCAAGUGAUGGGAACGGCAAUGCUGGCCCCCCAGAUGAUCCCCCAGAUCCUGUCAGUCGGCAUCACUGCAAACCAGUAG